AUGGAGCAACAGGAAUUCAAUUUUCUUCUGCCAGUCAUAUGUGAAGGCACCUGCAGCAACAGCAAGUUGGCUCCACAAGAGUGGCGCAAGACCAAAGUCAUGACAGAACGCUGGGUCGUUCCCGCUCCCGUGCACGGGCAGCAAGAACAGUAUCAGCAGCAACAACUGCAGCCACCUGCUCAACGUGCAAAACCACCCAAGCUCUCACCGGCCCUCAAGCGUAGUUCACAGGAAUACUGCCAUGGCUACAUUGAAUAUCAGAGCCUGGCCCGCUUUUGCACAACCCCGAGGACUUCCGAGGAUGCGACAGCCGUGCCCCCAACUAGUGCUCUUGAUGCACCUUUGCUUGAGCUCCCAUCCCCGACCAUUGCCACCGCUUCAGCCGGGUCAUCCAAUGGCGCCGUCGCUGCGGGCUCCAAUGUAGCAACAGACGUCCCAUUUAUUCGACAGGGAGGGCGUUCACGCUCACACCACCACCUGCCCGCCAAACCCGUGGCACCCCAACAACCCCGGCGCCAUAGCGCACACGUUGUACGGCGUCAUCGCCCUGUUGGAUGGAACCAGCGAGCCACUUUGCUUCACCAGCCCCACCACCUCGCAGAAAUUGCCGAAGUGGCCGGUCCCAUCGAGUCGGAGUUGGAGCACCCAACCUCAUUGGAGCUUCAGCUGGCGGCUGCUGCUCAGCUCGGCAAUGAGCGCCGUUUACAUGCAGCUCAGCUCAAGGUCGAAGCCAGCGCCCGCCAAGGUGCUUCCAAGAACACCGUCCACAGGCAAUCUUCUGACCUGGCUGAUACUACCACCUCUGCUAUUUCACCACCUGGCGGCCAUAUCCAGUGCUCAAUCUCAAAGAAGGCUGACUUCGGGAACAAUUCUUUAGUGCCAAGUCACACUCUGACGCAGGAACAGGAAGACGAGAGCAACGAGGCUGAGGAUAUCGAAUCAGAUUGUGAUACUUCCAGUCACAGGUCGGAAGAGGAAGAGCCGGAGAUGGAAGACGAUAGCGAGGAUUUUGAUCAGGAAGACCGGACGGACAAUGAUGCAAGUAGGGCUUUAACGCGCCGCCGGCAAGCUCGAGAAAAGUUCUACCAGGGUGCCGUUGCGGCAAGCUUGUCACAACUUGAGGCGCAGCUGCGGCAAGCCAGCAUCAGCAGUAUGGCUGAGGUGGUUGGUCCUGAAGAUCUCGACGCUUCAGAAUCUUGCUCAACCUCCUCCAGCAGCAGCUUGUCGGAACGUUUGCCUGACGAUGCUGCGGGCGAGGAGCAUGGUUCAGCAACUCAAGCUCAAAGCCCGAGUGAUGCAUCUUCGACGAGGUCAACGUUGCCCCUCAACAACACUUUGUCUUCUGCGGCUCGCGUCGUUGACCAGUUGAGGCGCAAAAACUCAAGCGACACAGCCUCGGCCAACACAGCAUCGGAGCCUGCUGGGACCGUGGCGUCAGCUGGUAGCAAUGCACACGCAAGAACGACUCUGUAUCACGGGCGUUUUGCUGUGGUUGGGACCCUGGCGUCCCAACGCAACUCGACGGUGUACUUUGCCGUCGAUACGCUCACCGACGAUGCUGUUGUGAUCAAGGGCGUACUACUGAGUGCUCCAGGCCAGCCUGCUCAGAAUGAGCUCCGUGCCUAUCAACGUUUGGCCCAUGCUGGAUAUUUAGGCGUCAUGCGCCUGCAUUUCGAAGAGGACAAGCAUUGUUUCAUUGUGCUUCAGCACAUGACCGGUGGCACCCUUUUUGAUCGCAUCAAGCCCCAAAGCCUGCAUCAGGUCACACAACGCCAAGCGCGACAAUGGAUGCUUCAACUGGUCUUGGCCCUGCAAGAGGUGCAUGCAGCUGACUUGGUGCAUGGUGAUGUCAAGCCAGAGAAUUGCCUCCUCGAUGAAGAAGGCAACCUGCAUCUCCAUGACUUUGGUUCCUCCGUCCAACAAGGCACCAUUCAUCUCGAGCGUCUCAUCCCCGGAACCGAACUGUACAUGUCUCCCGAGUCCUUUCAUCGUGCCCCAUGUGCCGCCGAGCAAGAUAUUUGGGCUCUGGGACUUGUUUGGUAUGCGGUGCUGUUUGCCGAUCUUCCCUGGGACCGCGCCCGCCCCAGCGACCUUCACUAUCACCGCUAUUGUGUGACUGGACGUCUUCCCGGACCAAGCAGUGCCCUGGCUCUAAUUACCGACGACCUUCACGAACUGCUACUGCGCAUAUUGGCCCCUGAUCCGACAGAGCGACCUUCGCUGGAUGACAUUUGGGGAUUCUUGGCUGCAGAGCAACCCUGGUUUCGUCCUCCCGGCGCACGAGGAUCCUUCAGUCGCGCUCACCCCCCUCAUCCUCUGAUCGAUGCACAUCGCGCCCCACGUAACUCUGCCCCGUCCAUUGCACGGCGGCACAGUCGUUCCAUGACGUCAAGCUUCUUCAAGCGUGUGGUUACGCUUUGAAGCUCUUCCACGGCAUGAAGUCAACGUACCACAACGCCUGCACUUUCGGACUGGCUCGGGAGUCGAGCCCAUGAAUUGUUUUACGAUCGAUUUUUGUUUCCUGCACUCUUGAAUUGUUCCCGCAAGCAAGCGAUCGAGAUAUGCUGUCUUGCUAUGCGCCAGUUGUGUGUGUGCCCCUUCAUUAUGAUAUCCCUAUUCCUGCGUGCUCUGUCUUUGCUGACAAAGGGGGCCCAAGAAAGAUGACCCGGCUGAAUCUGAUGCGCUGUUUCCGUACUUGUUGAUAGUCGUAUUGAACAUAUAAGGCUUGGAUUGGAAA